AUGGCAGUUGAUCUGGAUGUGGAAGAAUUGUUAAUCAUGGGAGAUUCUGACUUGAUUAUUCAACAAGCUCAAGGUGAAUGGGAAACCCGGGAUAUCAAGCUUAUCCCAUACAGAAAACAUGUAAAAGGUCUUAGGAAAUGGUUCAAGUCCGUCAAGUUCAGGUAUAUUCCUCGGUUCCACAAUGAGUUAGCUGAUGCACUAGCUACUUUGGCCUCAAUACUGCCGUAUUCGGGCAAUGUCCACAUUGACCCGCUGGAAAUCCAAAUUCGAGAAAGACAUGGUUACUGCAAUGCAGUUGAAAUAGGACCAGAUACUUAG